GGGCUGUAGCGUAACACGGGAAGUAGCGGCAUUCCUUGAUUAGACUCGCGCUUUACCGGAUACAGCAGUGGAAGGGCUGAUACUGUAUCGGAAUCUUAUCACGUGUGUCACUGUUUCCGAUCGGUGCCACUAUGUGUUGCACCCAAUGCUGGCCGGCUGCGUGGUGACAUAGGGAUUGCAGCAGACAGAGAACCGGCAACUGCUGGACACACGCCUUCAGCAUUAUGUCUGACAGUGGAACAGAUGCAUCUGGGUCCCUCAUACCUAUGGACUUAUAUGACAGAGUAACAGCUCAAGGAGACAAAGUUCGAGUGCUCAAAUCUGAAAAGGCUCCUAAGGAAGAGAUUGAUGUGGCUGUGAAGCUCUUAUUGGCUUUGAAAGUGGAUUAUAAGAAUGUGACUGGGCAGGAUUACAAACCUGGCGUUCCUCCAGCAGAUGACAUGCCCACUAACAGCAAUGGACCAUCUACCACAGAUAACGGUGAUGAUUUUGUUGAUCCAUGGUCUGUGCAAACAGGAAGCGCAAAAGGUGUAGAUUAUGACAAGCUUAUUGUACGGUUUGGGAGCAGUAAGAUUGAUCAAGAACUCGUCGAUCGAAUACAACGAGUCACUGGACAAAAGCCACAUCACUUUUUACGCAGAGGGAUAUUUUUUUCACACAGGGAUAUGCACCAGGUCCUUGAUGCUUAUGAGAACAAGAAGCCAUUUUACCUGUACACAGGAAGGGGCCCUUCUUCUGAAGCAUUGCAUGUGGGUCACCUCAUUCCAUUUAUCUUCACAAAGUGGCUGCAGGAAGUUUUCAAUGUCCCCUUGGUUGUACAAUUAACCGAUGAUGAGAAAUAUCUAUGGAAGGAUCUCACACUAGAAAAGGCUUACCAGUAUUCAAUAGAAAAUGCCAAGGAUAUUAUAGCAUGUGGCUUUGAUGUAAAUAAAACAUUCAUCUUUUCGGAUCUUGAAUACAUGGGGAAGAGUUCAGGAUUCUACCAAAAUGUUGUAAAGGUUCAAAAACAUGUAACCUUCAAUCAAGUGAAAGGAAUAUUUGGCUUUACAGACAGUGACUGCAUUGGGAAGAUAAGCUUUCCAGCCAUACAAGCUGCUCCAUCUUUCAGCAGUUCCUUCCCAGAAAUAUUCAAGGGUAGAAAAGACAUUCAGUGCCUCAUCCCUUGUGCCAUUGACCAGGAUCCAUAUUUCCGCAUGACUAGAGAUGUUGCUCCUCGGAUUAAUUAUCCUAAACCUGCAUUAAUGCACUCAACAUUUUUCCCAGCACUUCAAGGAGCACAGACAAAGAUGAGCGCCAGUGAUCCAAACUCUUCUAUAUUCCUUACAGACACAGCAAAGCAAAUCAAAAAUAAGAUCAACAAGUAUGCUUUCUCUGGUGGAAAGGACACUAUUGAAGAACACCGGCAAUUUGGAGGCAACUGGGAAGUUGAUGUCUCUUAUAUGUACUUGACGUUCUUUCUUGAAGAUGAUGAGAGGCUUGAACAAAUAAAACAGGAUUAUUCAAGUGGUGCCCUUCUAACAGGAGAGCUUAAGAAAAUCCUUAUAGAAACCCUGCAGCCAUUGAUCGCAGCACACCAGGAGAGAAGGAAACACAUUACAGAAGAAGCAGUCAAACAGUUUAUGAUGCCUAGAAAGUUGGCAUUUGAUUUUUAGAAAGUUUUAAAAGAAAAGAUUCUGCAAUUCAACAAUGUACUCUACAAUGAAUUAUCAACCAAAUAAGAUCGCAUUUGCACCUUCCACUUAUUUUGGAAUAUGUGUCAAAUUGACAUGUUUUAAGGCAAGUUAUGUGGAUUUGUUGAUCUUGGUAUCACACUCCCAGAGGACUUAAAGUGAAACUUAUCCAAGGUAUCAAUACCUUCUUCAUAAUUCAUAUUUAUAAUUUUGCAUCUGUGCUAUUGAACUAUUCUAACCAAUACUAACCUAAUAAAAUAAUUAUGAUUGCACUUA